AAUGAUUCUAGUCAAGGAGAUCUGGGUACCUUGGCCAACGUGGUCACGUCUCUCGGUCACCUCAGCAAAAGUCGUGAGAUGAUGGACAGCAGUACCGACCUAUCGGGGAUAGAGACCAUGAGUAACGAUGACAGCGUUAUGAUGGACAUUCAAAGGGAUGAGUCGAAUGACGUCACACGGGCCUUUGACACGCUCACAAAGGUGCUUCAGCCUGGGGAGGUUUGUGGGGAAGAGAUGGCUGAGGGGGCUGUCAGGAUUGAUGAACAGACCACUGCCCUACUGGAACUGGAAGGACCGCUGCUCUCAGAUAUGCAUGUGCCCUUUAAGCUGAUGAUGCCGCUGCCCCUGCCAGACUUCCUGAGUCUGAAUUACAUCUGUGAAUCAGCGUCCCGUCUGCUUUUCCUCUCCAUGCACUGGGCACGCUCUAUUCCAGCUUUCCAGGCCCUUGGCUCAGAGAACAGCAUCACGCUGAUGAAGGCCUGCUGGAAUGAGUUGUUUGCUUUAGGUCUGGCUCAGUGUUCACACAUUAUGAAUGUAGAAACAAUCCUCACAGCCAUAAUCAACCACUUACAGACCAGCCUGGAUGAAG